CCGCAAGGGGGCGAAAUUAGAACGUAAAGGACGUCAACACUACCCUCAUCUGGGGGAAAAAUGGCGGCUUCCAAGAGGUGCAACGUGAGUUCGGAAAACUUAACCGUAAAUGAUGUGAAAACACCGAAAAUAGACAUCAACGGUAAAGUAGAUCUGAUUAUUCAGAGCAAGAAACAUGCCAACGAUGUGUUCGACGUUCUUGAGUAUCUUCAGUCGGAGAAAGAGAAGAACGUUGUUUGUGCGAUUGAUGGAUGUACUAAACUGUUCAGCACGUUGUUGGAGAGGGGAGAGCUGUAUGUUGGGAAACUGCCCAAAGAAGAGUUGUUGAUUGGUGGUGAUCGCAGUGCGGAUGAGAAGUACUGCAUGUUCAUGCGCCACCGAUACAACGGUUGUUUGGAGCUGCUGCUGGAGCACAUCAGCCAUGAAUCAUACCAGAUUAAGGAGAGUGCCCUGUGUGCACUGAUGCAGUUUGCCUCCAUGGAAGGAAAGUUCCCCCUCCAAGACUUGGACUGGAGUGAACACUACAGCUUCCCAAGAGAACUCAUCCAGGCAGUGGUGGAGCGGCUGCUCUCUCAGAACGAGGAUAUGGCGCUUCUCAUCUCCAGAUUUCAGGAGUACCUGGAUAUGGAGGAUGUGCGUUAUUACGUCAUGAGCUCUGUCCGUGACAACGUGGGCAGGGUGAUGGACAAAACCAAAGGGGCAGUGAUGCCCAUUUACCAGAACAACGUGUUCACACUGCUGUCCAAUAUCAACAUGCCUAGCCAGGAGUCAGAACUCACCAACUACCUGGUCAAACAGGAAGCUAAACAUGAAGACUGGAAAGCAGCCAAACUAAAAGAACACAAGCGUACCUUUGAGCGGUUGUGGCUCGGGUUUCUGAAGUACAAGUUGCCCAGCAACAUGUACAAGAAAGUGCUGGUGAUCCUCCAUGACUCCAUCCUGCCCCACAUAAGCAAUCCCACACUGAUGAUCGACUUCUUGACUGCAGCCUAUGAUGUUGGAGGGGCAAUCAGUCUGCUGGCUCUCAAUGGCCUGUUUGUGCUCAUCCAUCAGCACAACCUAGAUUAUCCCGAUUUCUACAAGAAGUUGUACAGCCUGCUGGAGCCCUCUGUUUUCCAUGUGAAGUACAGAGCACGCUUCUUCCACUUAGCUAACCUCUUCCUCUCCUCCACUCACUUGCCAGUCUACUUGGUGGCAGCGUUUGCCAAGCGUCUGUCCCGCCUGGCCCUCACGGCGCCACCUGCUGUUCUGCUCAUGGUACUGCCCUUCAUCUGCAACCUGAUCCGCCGCCACCCUGCCUGCCGAGUCCUCAUUCACCGGCCUAGUGCAGCAGACGAAGCCUGUGAUGACCCCUACCUGAUGGAGGAGGAGGACCCCUCCCAGUGCCACGCCCUGGAGAGCAGCCUGUGGGAGAUUCAGACCCUGCAGAAGCAUUACCACCCUGAUGUGGCCACGGCUGCCAUGGCAAUCAACAAGCCACUGUCACAGCAGGAGGAUGCCAUCAGUGAGCUGCUGGAGCUAUCCACCUAUGAGCUGAUGGAGCGGGACCUGAAGCAUAAGCAGAGCAAGACUGUGCCGCUGGAGUUUGACCCUGCCACCCAGCUGCUGCAGGGCUCUGGGGGGGUGGGGGUGCUGGGCCUGAACUUCUCUCUAGAGUAGAGACAAACAACCCCAGGACACUCGCACACCUAGCUCUCUGGACCUCACUAUCUCUCCCCCAUAUCCCCUUUUCAUUCCACAUCCACGAUUACAUAUUUCUGUUUGGAAUUAGUUGUACCCCAAUAAACCUUUCUAGAAAACUGUGA